AUUUGCAUGGCGUUCUUGCCGACCCAUCGCGGAUUCGCACUGCCAUAGUGAUUGAUUAAUCCAACAACGGGGCCAGUAUAGGAUUUGAGACUAUAUUGAGUAGCUGAGCGGAGUGCUAGGACGAGGGCGAGGGUUUCGAGAGACGGCAGGUCUUGCAAUAUGCGGAACCGUAACAGUGGUGCCUCUCGGACGACAAUACAUUUCGUCUCGAAGCGUGGCGGGGCUGUGAUGCCAAGAGAAGAUCGAUAGUCGACCGUUAUAGAACGCACUGGUGACAGAGCUCGCUCGAUAGAACAUCGCUGAAAGAACUGUUACAUGGAGUUGUGUUGGUAUGGAGUCCCGAUCCUUCUCAUACGCAGACAUGACGUUCAGCUUGGCGUAUAUGGGCUGUGCAGGCCAGAGAAAGCAGGUCGAACAACGUUGUGCAACGACUGAAGUAACAAGCAUGUCCAUCCAUCUCGUAAAUACCAACAACUCCGGUGUGUGAACAGGACGCGCGAUUUGAUCCUCAGUCUCCGAAGGAACUUGGCCAUGAGAUGACUCAUCAAGUGAAGCAGGUGCCUUGUAAGCGAGCUUGAGAGUACUUAUCCGCUGUUGAGCCAGUCUCUGUACGAAUCCACCAAAAUGCCCGACUUGAAGAUCCACACAGCGAUACACAGCCGCUAUCAAGUCUUCGACCUCUCCGGAGCCCUGCCUUUCAGCAUCGUCUUUGGCCUUUGUCGCCGUUCGACAGCCGACACAGAUCCUCGAUCUUUGAUCAUAGACAUUGCAGAGUCCGCUCUGGAUGUUCCAUAUGCACUCGCUAGUGGGCUGCUGACCCUCCACGAGAGUAGAAGGGAGGAAGGUCUUGAUGGCGUGGUCGACAAAAGUCGCUUGGCUCAUUUGAGAAGCGAAGGGGGCAGCAAAAUCACGCUGAGCUCUCCAGUGGGCCGAACUCAGCACUGGAGAAAUGCUUUCGCGAUUUUCCAGUAUCCUGUCGAUCCUGGAAGCGAACUCGGUGCUCUUUUCAAAGCUGGGCAAAGGUACACCAUUCAGUUAGCCGGUCCAGACCUCGGAGUGCAACGAUAUCAGUACGAUGAACAGCAGUCGACUGAUCUCGGAGCAAUUGAAUUCUGUGAAAAGCCGAAGUUGAUCAACAGUAAAAGCUCAGCCGGCAAAGCAAGUUUUACUGUUGUCCCAACAUUGCCAGCACCGCCACGGCUUCGAACAAGCAUAAACAUCCGCGAGGAGCAGAAGACAAGCGCAGAUGACGAUGAGACCCAGCAGCUGUUUGUGAACACAUCGGUGUUGAACACUGGUUCUCAGCCAAUUACUGUCCAGACGCGAGGUCAACAACGCUUUCUCGUGCCAUGGGGUCCAUUUCAGCCUGAAGAAGAUUCAACAGCGGAUUCGAGACCACGAGCAAUCGACCCAGAGAGCCAAGCGCCUGCCUCAAGCUUUGAGGUUGUCGACACAACAUCGGGACAAAUUGUGCGCGCGGCAGCUCAACCCGGUGUUUGCAGCCUCACCGAGAAGCAUGAUCCCAGGCCAGAGUUGGCGAAGCUACUAACUCUUGAGCCAGGUAAGCCACUGGAGAGGCGUAUCGAUCUUUCAGCACGUAUUUCAGGCCUACCGGACGGGCAAUACGGCGUUCGUCUCGAGCCUCGAGGAAUGUGGUGGUGUCUUGGUUCUUGCGAAGACUUUGCGCGGUCUGGGGAAGAUCGUGUGCCGCAUGAGCUGUACAAUACUACAAUACCGCCUGUUGUGUUGGAAAGUGAGGAUACAGUCACCUUCAGCAUACAAGGUGGCCGCUUGAAGACGAAUUAGCUGGUGCCAUUCGCGUCGAGCUCCAACGAGGCACUUCUACAUGAAGUUGAGUGUCCAGUUGGGCUGGGAUUGCUGCGCGCUCGACAUAACUCAACUUCGGCUAGCAGCGCAUCGUGCACGAUGCACAUGUAACUGCCGAAGACAUUGACUCCAUCCUCGUCGGGUUGUCCGUGUCUCUGGUCUCACUCGGCGGACUCCAGAUACUGCUGUUGGCUUGAUGGCAUUGUCUUUGGCUUCGUGGCGUUCUAUUCCAGGUCGUCCCCGUGUGCGCACAGAGACAGGUGGCCCUUCUGGCUUGCUGAGAUGCUCAAAAAUACACAAUGGGCGUUGUUAGAGCGAAGUAGCGGCCAGGCGAUUCUACGCCCACAGUAUGCAUUUGUGAUGGAAGGUAGUAUCGGAGCAACGGCAUCUGAC